CCUUUUCCGGUUCUUAUUAAAGGCUAAUAGACCUUAGCAGACAAUACUUCCAGAUGUAACUUAUAGAGAAGCAUCCCCGUCUCAGCCUCCAGCCUAUUGUAAAGAGUCAUAACUGGAGCUGAAGUUGUUCAGAAGUUGACUUACAUAAAAUUAGUUUUUGAAAACUCAUACAGAGGGAUUGAGCGGUUCCUACUGCUCUUGCCUCGCUGCACAUUAGCAGGUUUGUUUUAUAGUCUGCAGCACGUCGAGGGAAAUCGAAUGAAAGUUGAUCUGAAAGGUGAACGGGCUUGUUUAAAGUCCUAAUGACUGUCCCUUGUUGACCUGACAGAGUCGUAUCAGGAGAAUGUGGAAUGACACCGUAAGAAAGCAAUCCGAGUCCUCCUUUAUCUCAGGUGACAUCAACAGCACCUCCACCCUUAACCAAGGAAUGACCGGGAACUAUCUACUAACAAAUCCUCUCCUGCGACCACAAGGCACUAACAACCCUUAUAACACCUUACUGGCUGAGACAGUCGUAUGUAACACUCCCACAGCUCCAGUGUUUAAUUCACCAGUGACCUACAGAGAGACAAGGCACUCACUGAACAAUGCGGUGAGGGACACAAGUGCAAUGGAUACUCUACCGCUAAAUGGUAACUUUAAUAAUAGCUACUCGCUCCGUAACGGGGACUUUGGCGACAGUGUGCAGGUAGUAGACUGCGGCCUGAGUCUGGACGAUGCUGCCUUUGAGAAAAUGAUAAUCUCCGAGCUAGUACACAACAACCUGCGUGCCUGUAAUAAAAGCCACCAACAGCAACAGCAGCAGCACCACAGUUUACAUCAUCCACCCCACCACCAGCAGCCACCGCAGUACCACCAUCACCACCACACGGAGCGGGCUCCGCCCAAGGUGACGGUGGUAGGUGGAAGCAGCAGCGAAGACGACGCUAUUGUGGCCGACGCUUCGUCUCUGGUCCACGUGGGUGACGCGGUGGGCCUCGAGCUGCGCCAGGAGCUGGAGGCACCUCUCAUCCCCCAGCGGACUCACUCGCUUCUGUAUGCACCCCAGAAGAAGGUGAGGACCGAUGGGGGAGUUGAUACGUUUGUCAGCGAGCUGACACCCACCAAUCCCGAUGAUAGUCUGCAGUCCCCAAACAGAGACUCCCUGUACACUAGUAUGCCUAAUCUGAAAGACUCUCCGUACCCCGAGAGCAGCCCUGACGUUGUGGAGGACCUGUCCCCCUCCAAGAGGAGCGAGAAUGAGGACGUUUACUACAAGAGUAUGCCUAACUUGGGGGGUGGCCAGCAGCUCCAAGCCUAUUACCAGAUAGGCCGAGGGAGCAGUGAUGGUUACAUUAUUCCCAUUACUAAAGAGGACAGCAUCCCUGAAGGCGACGUACGAGAAGGACAGAUGCAGUUAGUGACAAGCCUUUAAAUGUAUUUAAAUCAUCCCCAGACCGCUCCCAGCCUUCCUGCAGCCCUGAACUCUUGGAGGACAUUAUAAAAGGGAAGGGAGGCAUUUUUCUUUGUUGUUUUUUUUAAAUGGGCUUUUUUUGUUUGUUUGUUUGGGGUUUGUUUGCUUUUUUGAAGAGAGCUUAAAAGCCCCGCCAUUUACACUUAGCCAUUUGCAAACCUACAUCUCCAUCGCCAUCUUCUUUUCAUGCCACCCUUCCUAACGUCCCUGCAGACCAAUAGACUUGGAGCACAGCGAUGGCAGUGCAGAGUUUUAAUGAGACUGUACAUAAAAUGCAGAGUUAAAUUUCAAUUUUAAGAGACAAGCCAACUAUGUAUUUAAAUGUGCUGCUGCUGUUGAUUAAUUGAGAAAAUUUUAAGGUACGAAAAUUUUAAAAAAAUGUAAAAAAAAAAAAUGUAAAAAAAAAGGAAAAAAAGAGAGAGCGAGAAAGAAUCAAUACUGGCUACAUCCAAUCAGCAACCUCCCAGUCAAAAGGCUGUACAUACACUCCCCAACAACCUAGCUGAAGCCUGUUUUUUUCUUUUGUGUUAUUUUUUGUUUCAAUAUUGUAUACAGAACAGUACCCCCGGACCAGGACAUGGACACGUUUGCAAAAUGUUCCUGAUCAAACUGUUAGCAAAGGAAUAUAAGGUCCUGAUCACCAUCAAGUUUGGAUUGUAUAACCACUAGCAAUCAAGCCCCUGGCCUUAUAUUUUCUCAACUGUAACUUGAACUGUUGUCAAGGAAAAAUGGCUAAAAUAUAUAUUUUGUUGUAUUGCUAGUGUAAAACAAAAAAAAUUCAAUGGGAAACCAUAAAUAUGAAGAAACCUUAUAAUUGCAAAAUCUAACGUUUGAGAGACUAUUGUGUAGAAGUUGCACAUAUGUUAUACAGUGUGUUUAUGGUUCCAACACUUCAUUCAUGGUAGUGCGUUUGAACGUUAAGGCUUAUAAAAGGAGAGAUCGAGUCAACCAAUUACAAAGAUGCAUUAUCACCUUUUCCAUUUGUGAACAGUGUUUUUUUCUCCCAUCGAUAUCGCCCAUGUUUAAAUAUGUUUAUUUGACUUUGCCAUUUACUUUGGUAGAAUGGGAAUGCAAAAACCCCCAGUUAAGGUGACUUAUGCAUUGCACAGUUUUUUUGUGUAAUUCUGGCAGAUAUAGAUCUUUUUAAGUAACGGCAGAGUGGCGGGCAAGCGCAAAUGAAACGAGCGACUUUGAACAAUAAAGUUCCUAUCAUAAAUGUAGUUCUUCCGCUUGGGUUUGGAUAUUUUAUUUAUUAAAAUCUUUCCAAAAAAAAAAAAAGAAUAAAUAAAUGGGAAAUGUGUGAAUAUUUUCCAGCACUGGUAUACAUGCUGUACUGUAGCUCAUGUUUUUUAUGUAAACAUGUUACCAAGGGGCUCUUCACUUAAGACUGAUGUAAAGUUCAACACUUGUUUAACAAAUAAAAUAAAUGUGAGAUUUUUUGUCAAAU